UUAUGUUUAUCGGUAACUUUGUUGGUAUAUAAAGAAUGGGGAUUUGGGCUUCAGGAUCACGGCGACAGGGGAAGAAGAAUGGGGAGGCAAACAUCUAAGGAGGCCACAAUGGCCUCCCUUGUUUCAACUCUCUUAAUUCUGAUUUCUCUUGCUUUGCCUCUUGAGGCUCAAACUCACUACUAUUAUUCUUCUCCACCACCACCUUUAUAUCAUUACAAAUCUCCGCCGCUACCGCCGCCUGUUUACAAGUAUAAAUCUCCUCCACCACCUGUUCAUCUCUCUUCGCCACCUCCUGUUUACCAUUAUAAAUUUCCUCCACCACCAAUUCAUCACUCUACACCACCACCUGUUCAUCACUCCUCACCACCUCCUGUUUACCAUUAUAAAUCUCCUCCACCACCUGUUCAUCUCUCUACACCACCGCCAAUUCAUCAAUCUUCGCCACCGCCUGUUUAUCAUUACAAUUCUCCACCACCGCCUAUUCAUCACUCUUCGCCACCGCCAGUUUAUCAUUAUAAAUCUCCACCACCGCCUGUUCACCAGUCUUCACCGCCACCUACUUAUCAUUACAAAUCUCCACCACCGCCUGUUCAUCACUCUUCACCAUCACCUAUUUAUCAUUACAAAUCUCCACCACCUCCAGUUUAUUCCUCUCCACCACCACCGGUUUAUAAAUACAAAUCUCCUCCUCCCCCUGUUCAUUACUCUCCACCAUCGCCAGUUUAUCAUUACAAAUCACCACCACCGCCUGUUGAUCACUCUCCACCACCACCUAUUUAUCAUUAUAAAUCACCACCACCACCUGUGUACCAUUAUAAGUCUCCUCCUCCACCUAUUUACCAUCACAAACCUCCUCCACAACCAAUUUAUCAUUACAAAUCUCCACCACCACCUUUUCACCAUGCCCUACCCCCGCACAUUUACCAUUAUAAAUCUCCACCACCACCUAUUCACCAUACUCUACCGCCCCACAUUUACCAUUACAAAUCUCCACCGCCGCCCAUUUAUCAUUACAAAUCUCCUCCACCUCCUGUCCACCACACUUCACCGCCACAUAUUUACCACUACAAAUCUCCACCACCACCUGUGCAUCACACUCUACCACCACAUAUUUACCAUUAUAAGUCUCCACCACCACCUAUUCACCACUCUUCGCCGCCUCACAUUUAUUAUUACAAAUCUCCACCACCACCUGUGUAUCAUCACAAAUCUCCACCGCUGCCUGUCUACAAUUCACCUCCACCAUCUGUUUAUCUCUACAAGUCUCCACCACCUCCUUAUCACCAGUGAGAAGAGCUUUCAUGAGGAAUAAGAGAGUAAAAGCUUGAAGAUUUAAGCCUGUUAUGGCUGAUCGAUGUCUCUAUCUCUCUCCAAAGGAAGAAACACCAGUCCCUUUCCUGAUUGUAGCAAAUAAAAUGUGUGAAACCUCCUUCGCUUGUUAGUCUGAUGAGUACUGUUCUUUUGUUUAAUGAAAUAUUUAAGUUAUUAAUAUGUAUUUGUUCAAGCUAUGAAAUUAAUGGGGGUUUUCAGUGAAAAAGAACCUUGUUGAUCUCC